AUGGCUUGCAACGCUCUAGUACUCGGUGCAACUGGUCUCUGUGGCUCUGCCCUCUUGAAAUAUGCUGCCGCUAACGCUGCUUUCGAUUCUGUCGCAACUAUCACCAGAAAGGAACUACAGGGCUCUCAAGCUGAAAAGGUAAGAAGCACUGUUGAAAAGGACUCUACAAAAUGGGCAGAUUUGAUCCCUGAUGAUAUCAGUGUCAUUUUCUCUGCUCUUGCUACUACUAAAGCCGAUGCCGGUGGCAAGGAGGCCUUUUAUAAAUUCGACCACGAUUUCAAUCUGGAGUUGGCUAAGAGUGCCAAAAACAAAGGUUGUAAGACAUUUGUGUUGGUCAGUUCGAUUGGAGCAGAUGUGAACUCGAGCUUUUUCUAUUUGAAAACGAAAGGUGAUCUCGAACGGGACAUUCUGGCCUUGAACUUCGACAAAACCAUCUUUUUGAGACCUGGUGCUCUGCUUGGAGAACGUGUCAAGGGUAAGGGUCUUUUCAACUCUAUGUUUGCCAAGGUGGGUGGGCUUUUCUACAACACCAGAUUCCAAGCCUUCGGUGGUCAUCCCGUCUACGGGGAUGAGGUCGGAAAGGCAGGUGUUAUUUUGGCACUCGACUCCUCUAUCACUGAAAAAUCUCAUAUUGCAAAAGCAAAUGAGAUUGUGGCGCUAGCCUCGAAGGCCUAA